ACAGGUGUCAUGCAGCCUUGCGACGUUGGUGUCCAGCGCAUUUUCAAGCACUCAUUGAAGUGGUCCUACCAUGAAGAUAUUGUCAGAUCCAUAUCACAACAGAUUGACAAUGGCACCGAAAAUAUCUUGUUCGACAAGCGAAAGGCUGUCUUGCACGAUCUCAGUGUAAAAUGGAUUUGGGAUGGUUACAAUGCUGUGAACAUGCCCGAAAUC